AUGUCAGAGACAGACAGUCAGAACCUCAAGGUCGCAAUAGUUACUGGCGCAUCUUCAGGGAUUGGGAAGGCGUCCGCCAUAGCAUUAGCCCAAGCGGGUUGGAAUGUGGUGAUCACAGCGCGUCGGAUUGAUGCCCUCCUUCAAACAGCAGAACAGUGUGACCAGAGGGCUCUUGUCGUUGCAGGCGACGUUACCGACGAGAAGUUCGUUCAAGAGCUAUUCGCGCAGGCUGUGGAACAAUUUGGCAAGCCUCAGACAUGCUGGCAUACUGGACGAGUCGAUCUGCUAUUCAAUAACGCGGGGAUCAGCGCGCCUGGAACGCUCAUCGAAGAACUUACCCUGGAGACGUUUCAGAACGUCAUGAACGUAAACCUCGUUGGACCCUUCCUCUGCACGCGGGAGGCCUUCAAGGUAUUCAAAGCCCAGACGCCCGCAGGAGGACGAAUCAUCAACAACGGAUCCUUGUCAGCACACGUACCCCGCCCACACACCUUCCCUUACGCCUGUUCCAAGCACGCCAUCUCUGGGCUCACGAAAUGUACAGCACUCGACGGCCGGGCACAUAACAUAACUUGUACCCAAAUCGACAUCGGAAACGCACAUACAGACAUGGUAUCGGCUCAAACUCAGGGCAUACUCCAGCCGAACGGCGCAAUUAUACCAGAAGCGACAUUCGACGUCAAGCAUGUCGCUGAUAGCAUAGUUCACAUAGCUCAAUUGCCGAACGAUGUGACGGUACUCGAGAUGAAUAUAAUGGCCUCAAAGGCGCCAUACGUGGGGAGGGGAUAA